CAGGGUCAGACUGACAACUCAUGGGGACCCCGGGCAAUAGGGGAUCAUGGGGCCCCUGUGUCCUUGCCUGAACUCAAAAAAGCCUAUGAAAAAGGUACCAGGGGCAUCUCAUGGGGCCCCCUACUGACCCCGGACCCUCGGGCAGUGCCCGAGUUUCCAAAUGGUCAGUCCACCCCUGGCCCAAUCAAAGUCACAAAAAUAAAUAUGCAGUCAGUGAUCCAGGACUCACUGCAUGGCAAAUACAGCUCACCUUCUGGCCAUGUAGAGCUGCCUCCUUUCAGGUUCACAUAAUUUAU